CAACAAACAAAAAAUAAAUUUAGUUGAAACAAACAUUAAAAACAUCAAAAUGUCUAUGUCCUCUAGACCAAGAUUGGUUGUUAAGAAAGUUUUGGCUAGAGCUCAAAAUGAAGGUGAUGGUGCUAUUGUUAGAAGAAGCAUUGGAAGGCCUGAAUUGCAGAAUCUUGAUCCAUUCCUCAUGUUAGAUGAGUUUAAUGUUUCACCACCUGCUGGAUUUCCUGACCAUCCACACAGAGGUUUUGAGACUGUCACUUACAUGUUGCAGGGAGCUUUUACUCAUCAAGAUUUUGCUGGUCACAAGGGCACAAUCAGGACUGGUGAUGUGCAGUGGAUGACAGCAGGAAGAGGUAUAGUUCAUUCAGAAAUGCCUGUUGGACCAGGUACUCAUAAGGGGUUGCAACUUUGGAUAAAUCUAUCUUCCAAGAACAAAAUGAUUGAGCCAAGGUAUCAAGAAUUGCUACACCAAGACAUACCAAAAGUGGAAAAAGAUGGCGUUUCGGUUACUAUUUUAGCAGGGGAAUCCAUGGGCAUAAAAUCCCAAGUUUUCACACGAACGCCUACAAUGUACCUUGAUUUCACCCUAAAACCAGGUUCUGAGCAUCACCAACGGAUCCCUGAGACCUGGAAUGCCUUCAUCUACAUAGUUGAAGGAGAAGGGGCGUUUGGUUCUUCGGAUUCAACUACUACACCAGCUCACCAUUGCUUGGUUUUAGGCCCUGGUGAAGGCCUAAGUGUGUGGAACAAAUCUUCAAAACCAUUGAGAUUUGUUCUGAUAGGAGGGCAACCGAUUAACGAGCCUGUCGUGCAGUAUGGUCCAUUUGUUAUGAACACUAAGAGUGAGAUUAUGCAGGCUUAUCAAGAUUAUCAACUUGGAAAGAAUGGAUUUGAAAGGUCAAGGCAAUGGUGUUCUAAAUGAGUAAACAGAGUUACAUCUUAUAUGCUUCAUCAAAAUUAGCCUAUAAACUAGUACAAUAUUCAUUAGUUUUCUUAUAAAUGUUAUGAUUUCAAGUUGUUUUAGUCUUUGUUUUCAUUUGAAAUGUGAUGUGUGUUGAGUGAAGUUUA